AGUUCAUUCAUGAUGAUCCAUGGAAAAAGGCCUCCGCUGCCUCCCGGGCGACCUAAGGACAGCGACAACAACAACUGGGCUGAUUAUAGUCAAGGCGAAGACACAGCCGCUGAGGAGGAGAAGACUCACCAUAAUUCAGAGACGGAAUUUUUCAAAAGAAUCGGAGCGGACUCGUCGAGAAGCAAGGGCGGGUCGACCCUACCGCCGCCGACAAGGCCUGUGGGGCCUCCCCCUUCCCGUCCCCCUGAGGGUGUGAGGGGAUCUACAACUGAGGAGGAGGAGGAUGAGGGGGAUGGUCUCACUUUUGCUACCUGCGAUAUGUCACCAGCACUGUUGAAGGAGUGGGGCAUCAGGGAAGGCGAUCACUGGUAUGAGGUUAUGAAAAGCAACGAAAUUGUUCUCUCUGAUGGUCAUAACGUCCCAGGUGUAGAUGAGAAUUGGAUAUACUGUUUACUGUGCGAUAAGAAGUUCUGCACUUUUGAUGCUUUGAAAAUGCACCUGAAAUCGGCACUUCAUGGGAGGAGGAUCAGCGCCUUCCGAGAGGAUUCGGCGUGGACUGCCCCCGUACUGUCCCCGAGGGUGAACAGAGGACGCGCGACCACUGAGGAGGAGGAGGAGGUCGUGGAGAGGGCCUCGUGCAAGAUGCCAGGAUACGUCAACGUCGACCGCUACGGUUGGGUAUGCACAGUAUGCUGUGGUCACCAUACAGGGGCGGUUCUCCCAAGUUCGUCUCUGAUGGAAAUGCAUCUCAAGAGCGACCAACACAAUGCGGAAUGUGUGGCACUAGGGAUGGAGCCGUUCGAGGAAGUUGACGAGUAUGAUGCCACUCUAGUGGGCGAGAGAAAUGCUGAGGUUAUGAGUGAGAACUGCAUGGUAACAGUUAGAUAUAAAGAGAACCCUCUGUGGGUGUAUUGUGCGGCCUGUGACGCUCGUAUGGAAGGCCUCAACCCACUUUACCGCCAUGUUGACAGCAUUGCUCACAAGGACGCUCUGGAGGGCACUUCUAUUGCUGAUCGUCGCAGUGGUUGGUCUUGGGGAACUACGGCUAUCAUAGAUGACGAUGGUACGGUUAUGGGAAGGAGACGCUCGUCUGCUACCAGAACUGCUGUGACUUCUGUGAGGAAAGACACGGAUUACGAACGAGAUCCCAAGUGGCCGAGAUGCAUCGAGGAUAGCGAGUUUGGGUGGGAGUGCGCGUGGUGUGACGCUCAACUCGCCUCUCCGUGGCACGUUGUGAACCAUCUCCAAGGCAAGAAGCACAAGAAGGCUGAGGCGUAUCGUAGUUAUGAAGAAGAGGCUAUCCCAUCUCCCCCGUCUCGUGAUCCGAUCGUUGUUAAUCGCGCUGACGACCCCCCUAGCAAGCUAUCCGCUAAGAAACCACUGAGGCCUCUGAAACCAGCUUGCCCACCGCCACCUCGGCGCCCAUCGCAUUCGCCACCUCGACAGAGCUUCGAGCAGAGGGUUAUGGAUUUCCAGAGCAACCCGGUGUCGUCGAUUCCUCCACCACCACCACCGCCUCUCCCUGUAGAGGUCAUAAGCUCCAGUCGCUUAUCCGACAGUAACUCGAGGAACUCUAUGAACUGGCAAGAACCGACAGUUGAGAACCGUUCGGUACAUCGAUCGGCACCUUAUGUGGAGGAUUCUGGCUUCAGAAAUGCUCCUACCAAUUAUUCUGAAACUCCUGAGCACCACUCUCGUCCCCACCAUCCCCCACCAGAGAUCUACAACGAGAGACCUUCCCCUACCAGAGCUUACUAUGAGAUGGCUUGUCAACGUCGUGAGCAGGACGAUGAUGAUAGGUUUACCUACGGCAGUGGGUAUGAGCCUGAUGUGAGCAGGCAAAGAAGGAGGGAGUAUUACCUCGCGGAGCCAUGCACUCCUGUUGAACCUUGGGAAUCUGUCGCGGGCCACGAACAUGGUUCUUCGAGGAGCCAUGCGGCUCGGCAGUUGGAGUUUGUCACCCAACAAUGCGUAAAGAUCUAUGGAUCCUUCCCACCUAAAUUCAUUACUAAAGACUGUGUUUGCGAGACAUGCAUGGUCGGUCCCGGAAGGGAUUUGCCGCUGGACAGCCGUGAAGGACUGGCCUGGACAGCUGAGCACGUAUACGUACAUCUGAAAACCCGAGUCACUGUGCUCAACACGAGAACAUGUUAUCCUGUUAGGAAAUGAAAUUGAUUGAGGUAGCAAUAAGUCGAUCUAUCAGAAUUGAAAAGAGAAUUAUC